AUGGGGAGUGUUCGACAAGUUCCAGCUGUUCUCCUUGCUGGUUGCCCAUUGCAUGCGUUCAGUGCUUGCCUCACAGCCACUACAUCACAUGUUGUGCACCGUUGUCACUAUUCACCCUCCCUCCCAGGCAUCAGUACGCGGGGAGUGUUUGACAAGGACCAGCUGGUCUCAUUGCUCGUUGCCCAUCGCCUCUCAGCUCCACCCUCCACUGCUUCUCCACGAUCCACCACCAGCAGCAGAACCCCAGAGGCCUCCCCACCCUCCUCCUCCUCUCCUACCCCCUCCUCCGCCUCCGCUUCCGCCCCCUCGUCCGCCUCCCAAGGCGUCAUCCUGCGCAUGCCCAUGCGUCGCCUCGCCACCACCGCCAGAGAGCCACGUGAAUACGUCAUCCUGCCUUUAGAAGUUGCCGGGAAGGGCCCCUUUGAUUUCCUCCUAGACACCGGCAGCAGCACCACCCUCGUCUCCCCGGAUUUCGCUUAUGGCACUAUCGGGUUGUCUACUAACGAGGGCAGGAUGACCCAGGGGCUGGGAGGCAUGGGGCCGGAGGGGAAGCAGGGGCGGGAGCUGCUGCUGCCGGACGUGAGGCUCGGGGAGUUUAGGUUCGGGCCGAUGCAAGCUGUGGUGCUGGACCUGCAGUAUACGGGCCUGCCUAGAUCGGUGGCGGGGAUCGUGGGGCUGUCGUUCCUGUCUGCCUUUGACAUGGACUUUGACUUCCCCAGCAGCACUCUCACCAUCAUGCACUCAGGGGCCGCUCUGGCAGCAGCAGGCAAGUGGACAGCAGGAGGCACCAUCCCCCCUCCGCGCUCUGCUGCUGCCGCCUCCCAGGGAUUGGAUUUCGAGGGGCUGGCAAUGCUCGCCCCAGCCACUGUUCCAUUCAACCUGCCCGCUGUCCAGAUCUCGGUGAAUGGCAAACACCUGGAGACAGCGAUUCUUGACAUGGGGUCUGGACUCAGCCUUAUCACCACCACAGUGGCUUCCCGUGCCGGUGUCACCCCUUCCAGCAUUGGUGUGGCAUCAAUGGUGGAUGUGGGAGGUGGAACAACACAAAUGGGAGGAGCAGUCGCCGAUCUGUUCCUUAUAACGAAGCAAGGAGGGCCAGCAGGGACGUCAGGCGGCCGUAUCCCCUUUACAAGCCACCCCAUGAUAGUGGGGGACCUGCCAGCCCUGGCAGUGAUGGGAGCAGGCGCAGUGGUGGGGAUGGAUGUGCUCAAGAGGACUCGCUGUGUGGUUUGCUUCAAGGAUAACAGGGUUCUGCUACAGAAGAAGUUUUAA